GGGGAUUAUAACUUCUGACUAAGCUCACGUGACUGGAGGUUAACCUAAGUUCAACUUCAGCACAAGUUCUUACACCCCUACAACCCGCCUCUCCCUCUGACCUUCACCUAGCCAUCAGCAUAAACGAUGUCUGUCUCUCCAGCAGCAAUGCGCCGGCUAAUGCGCGAAAUCGGAGAACUCAAGAAGAGCCCGCCAGAGGGCAUACGCGUACAGACGAGUGAUGAUAAUCUUCUAGACAUUAUUGGUAUCAUACAGGGUCCAGAUGGCACACCGUACGCAGGUGGAUACUUUAAAGUAAAGUUCAGAUUCACAGAAGAGUUUCCAACGGCACCACCCAAAUGUUGGUUUAUCACCAAGAUUUUCCAUCCAAACGUUUCUGCCACUGGCGACAUCUGUGUCAACACGCUCAAGAAAGACUGGAAGUCCAGCUACGGCAUCUGUCAUAUACUGGUUACGAUUAAAUGUCUUCUAAUUUAUCCCAAUCCCGAAUCGGCUCUUGAUGAAGAAGCCGGCAAGUUACUGCUCGAAAACUACAAAAGUUAUUGUGACCGGGCGAAAUUGAUUACGAGUGUUCAUGCUACACCUCGUGUCAGACCGGUCGAAUUCGAUACACCAUCGGCAGAAGAGCGACAGACCGCUGAGAGCUCGAUCAACGCUUCAAUAACUACUUCAGCGUCCUCUUCACCCUCCAAGCCCACAACCCACGCCUCAUCGAUACCUAAUGCCAGCGCCCCUACAUCGGGCUUCACUCUCCCCAUCUCUCUAUCUACACCGACCGCAGCUCGUAAAUCUUUAUCUCCUGCACCAACUACUCAGACCAUCCCUUUGACGUCAUCGCCGUCCAACAUUUCUACUGAAAAAACGGACGACAUGAUGAGCAGGGAAAGACACACUUCACCUGCUCCCUUGAGCACCGCUGACUCGAAUGUGGACUCGACCGCGAAAACUACGAUUUCUAGGACUAUGGCCAAAGGUGGCGUUACUGGCCCGUUACCUCCCGCUAAAGCAGUGAAAAGGGCAGCCACCGGAGCCGUGGCGACCAAUGCGGAGAAGAGGAAGAGAGCUCUCAAACGAUUGUAGGGUAUCAAGGACUUACCUUAUCACCUUUUCGGUUGGCCCUGUUUUUGUCGUGUCGUCUGAUUUAGUCCUUUAAUUCCGUGUAUCACUCGUGUUGACGGACGAUUCGUUUGACUACCUUUUCUCUCUGGAUCUCACCCUUAUACAUAUCUAACGUCGUAUACUCAGCGAUUCGAACCUUUGCCACCUGUUAGUGAAAGGAUCUACUCCUCGGUUGUCAAUCGGAGGUUAUCAUACUCCACUGGCGUGCGAUACUAGUCGGUUGAAAAGAGAAAGAGUAAUGAUAUUUGGCUGGACGGCUUUCCAUACAAUAUACAUUAGUAAAUCAGAAUUUGGUUACUACUACAUAGGAAAAUCGAAACGAUAUCGAUACAAGGAGUAAAGCUACAUCCAACUACAAAAACAUUUAUGGAUCAUGGUAUGGAACGAGUAAAUAUUUCAUAAUUUACAGGGCAUCAAAAGCCUCCUGGGCUUCAUCCUAUUAACGUGAGAGGUCUGCAAUA